UCCACGAUCGACGAAGUGGAUUGUCAUUAUAUGCCGUAGGCCAGGGUAAUGUUUGAAUUUGUGUUGGGCUCAAUCGGCUGAUCUGCACAUUUGUCCUGCCACUCUUCACGCAAUCCUCCACUUUAUUUUCUUUUGUUUAAACAAUCUUCCAUAACUGUGAAUUUACAAGGAAAGGCGAUUGGCUAAUGUCAUGUUAAUGCCAAUUGCGCGCGGCUUUGGCAUGUAUGGUGGAGUUAUGGAUAAUGAUUGAUGCCAUGGUUAGGCCUGUAUCAUAGAGCUCCUUUUUUAUAGCUCCAUAGUUAUAUCGACAUGAUCGACAUGGUCAUCUGGUCAUCAUACUUCAUAGACCUGCAUCUAGGGUGUGUGUAAAAUCAUAUUGAAAUUGGAAGAUUUGGAACUGUUACAGUGUUAGGGGGAAGAGUUUCAUUUAAGGAUGCCAGUACAGUGACUUAACCAUCAGAAAGCAAAAACAUGUCCAGAAAAGUACAAUUUAGGAGGGAAAAUACCAAGUCGUUACUGACAAGUGACAUGACUGAGAAAACACUUUCAAGCCAGUCCCUUGGGCUUGUGCACAGGGUGUAAAGUGGCGUCCGUAUAUGCAACUCUUUCCUUGUCGGGGUUAAUAUAAUAAUCAUAAAGCCAAUGCAGUUUACCAAUCACGCAGGUCUAAAGUUCAGGCGAUCAUGCAGAUCAACCAAUUGCACCUUGUGUGGACACUCAUGGAGGAAUGUUUGUGUCGAUUCAGUUCUUUACUUGACCCUAUCUCCGUAGGGUGUGUGUAAAAUUAUAUUGUAAUUGGAGGAUUUUCUAAUCAGAAAAAAGUGUCAGUUCAAAUGACCAAUAUGAAGUUAGUUACUUACAUUUAUUCCAUCCAUGGCCGUUUGACAGUAACUAGUCUGAUAUUCAAUGUUGAAUAUUUAAGUAACAAUUUGACAUUCUGCGUGUGAUCCGGAUGCACCCCCCUCCCACCAGCUAGUAUUCUGGUUGCAACAGAAGCGAUGGAGUGCAAAACUUAAAAAACAAGCUUCACCACAAUGCACAUCAAUUCAAAUCAAAUUAAUUUCACUUUAUUUCCACAUGCGACAAAAUGUUGGAUAUGUAGUGCAAAGCAGAAGAAAGUGUAUAAAUAAUACAUACAGUAUGUGGAGGGAUCUCAUAAAAAGCAAAGCUUGCUGAGAAUGGGAACCCUAUUUACAGAUUUCAGCAAGUUUCAUGAGUGAGAGAUUUUAAGAAAUCAUUAAUGAUAACAAUGCCUUUUACAUGUACAAUGUCUAAACAGAAAUAUUGAUUCAUGAAUACGUGGCUUAAUCAAGAAUAGAAGGUAGAUACAAGGUUUUCAUUAAAUUUAAGACUACGAAAUCGAGAUCAAUUGGGAAAUUCCAGCGAGAGGAAAUGCAUACAUCAAAGUUCUAACUCGGAUUGUGACUUACAAGGAAAGCUACAUUGCUUCUUGAAGGUUGACAAGUAGCUUAUUUACAUUAUUUAUUUACAUUAGUGGCCAAAUCUUUUGUUGAAAAAACUUCAAAUUCAUUGGGUUAAAUACUGGCACUUUAACCUUCAUAAUACAUGUUGUUGAACCUCUGUGAAAAAUUUUAGUAUCAUAAAAUUCCGUCCAAAAUUAAAAAACGGUGACGUCUGGAACGUUGUGCACUUGAAAAAAAUCUCAGAAAAUCUCACAUAAACAUUUAAGAAAUUCUUAAGAUGAUAAAUUGUAAUAGAUUAAAAUUACUGGUAGCUCCACUAACACACCUAACCAUAAGUAUGUUAGAAAUUACUUUCAUAUUCUUGGGCACAUUUCAAACAAGUUCAUUUUUGCAUUUACAUUAAGCCAGAGUAAAAUUUCAUCAGUGGGUGAGUAAAACUGAGAAUUUUGAAUCAGAAUAUUGGGAUUUUGAUGAAAUUCCAUUUAUAACGAAAUCUGAGGUAAAAAAAAAUAUUGCUCUGGCAAGGCACCAGAGGCAAAAAAUUGAAGUGCACCAUGUUGGGGCCCGGGGCUGCUCCACGUUAGGGUACAUCAACAAUAUCUGAUGUUUUCAUCAAAACUUUUUCAGUCAAUCAAAAUGAUGUACAUGUACAUCAAGACCAUGCCCCGGGAUAAACUUCUUUUCAAAGUGUUUCUGUCCUCCUUAGCAACCCCUGCCUCUAUUUCAAGCAGCGUAAUGCAGUAUUCCAUGGACACGGCUUUGACUAAACUCUUGUUGUUGGAAUUCUUCACUUGCAAACCACAGUAGGAAAGUGAAUGCAUCACACCAAACUUUUCUCUAAUUGAAAUAAAAUACCCAAACCCCAUUCCCAGCCUCAAGCUUACAUUGAGCUGAUCUCAUGGGGUUUUGGGGGUCAAACAAGCCCUGUAAGUGACAUUUUUUAUACCAACAUUAUUAUUGUUUUGUUGCAUUCCAUUGUUUCUACUACAACCAGAAUGCCAGCAUAGGGCUUUGUUAGGGGUGUGCAUCCUGAGCACUUGACGAAUGUCAAACUGUUGCUUAUGCAGCACUGAAUAUCAAAAGGUUCCUUGUUCAACAUUGAAUGUCGAACAAGGAAUAAGUAACUUCACACUGCCGUUCAAAUGGCUUACGCCGUGUACAUGUGUGGUACACCUGUCCUCUUAGACCUUGCCUAUUUAAAAUGCGCUUGAACCAUUUUUCAAAAAGAGAACACUUGACACCCUGUGCACAAACCCUAUGAGACUGGUCUGAAAAGUUCAUAGAUCCUUUUCACAGGAUUUCAAGUGAUGUCCUGAUAUGGAACUCUUUCGAAAUUUUUUUUAGUUGAAAAAAAACAUAAAAAAGCUUGGCCUUUGGAUUCCGUAGCCUUUGUUUGUUUGAUAAGUUAGGCCAUGUGUUCUUUCUUUUAUGGUCCCAUGAUACCAGCAACCUUUGUGACCUUUAAUCAUGAAACAAGAGUUGCCUGUACCAGGAUAUUUUGCUAAGUGAUAAAUCAUGGACAACACGGAAGGGGAAGAUGAAACUCAUAAAAGUAGCUGCCAGUAGGCCUAGGCCUCACAGUCUGAACCAUGAGCUAAUCUAUGUCUAUUGAAGUCUAAUUGAUGAAUGGCUGAGGUGACACAGCAGUAGGGGUGCGGUUUGUUUGAGGCACCCAACGGAUACUGUGACAGAGAGCUCGUCUGUUCAGCAAAGGGCUUUGGAGUGGAGAUUUGCACUUACGAUACAUUCAGACUCUCCAUUUAUUGGCGUUCUGACCAGGAAAAUAACACUGCUAUAGAGAGAGAAAAAUGCAUGUGCUUCUGGUCUAACCAAUCUGUGACUUGGACUGACCACUGUGCCACAGGUUUAUUUUUGGUAGGGAAUGAUCCUCAACCAUGAAACUCCGACCGCUCUCUUCAUCAACUGUCGGCUGUCUGCCCUGUCAGACUUCAAAUUAGCGUAGGUUUUGGAUGUACACUGCCAAUGCUUGCUGAUCUUGAGCAACAGUUUAUCAUCUUGCCACGACUCUUGGGACCAUUUCUCAAGUCCUUCAGCAGGAUUAAUGCUUUUUUGAAAUGUUGAUAGCACGUGGAAUGAGUAAUUUCCAGGUUUUAAUCCAUGCAAUUCAAGACUCACUAUGUUGACAGAGAGCACACAGUUGUCAGUGGUAAUUGUUCAGUGACUGAAUUUGACUGUCUUACUUUUGGCUCUGAAUUGACAUGCAUGUGCUUGGCUAACACUGGUUGACCAGAAAUGGGUGUGACGUUAAGUGCCUGAGAAAAAGUCAGCUGACCUGCAGAGGAAGACCUGUGUUUGAAGUGUCAUUGAUACAGAGACAUUUGUAAAGACUUACCAUGGCGGUGAAUAAGAAAUCCAAAGAUAGUGGCGCCAGCUGCAUGAACAUUAACAGCAUCUCCCAACAAACGUCCAUUAGUAAAUGGGUGUGGAACCGUCCCAUCGCCCACCCAGCCUCCGUGUGCACCGCGUCAGCCGUCGGCGUUCAUUUGCGGGCCAACGUGGGGUCUUGUCAGCGCCGACUGCUCAACGAGAUCUCCUGCUGUCUGUAUGGCCGGGUGGCACCAUCGGGCUUCUCGGAUUUUUCCAAGCAGAACGGCCACGAGGCAAUCUUCAACCUGGAGUUCUCCCCCCAUGGUGAUAUUCUUGUGGCAGCAUGUGAGGAGAAUAGCAUGUUGCUAUUUGAUCCGUUGACCACCAAGCAUAUAACAGCAGUCCGAAACGCUCACUCAGACUGUGUCAACUGCAUCAGAUUUCUGGACAGCAGAACGUUUGCAUCAGGGUCUGACGACACCACCAUUGCAUUGUGGGAUAUCCGCAACCUGAAGCAGAAGGUGCGGUGCCUGCAUGGACAUAGCAACUGGGUCAAGAGCAUCGAGUACUGCCAGCGGACGCGACGGCUGGUCACCUCGGCGUUUGACGGCAACGUGGUCUCCUGGGACAUCAACAGCUAUGAGGAGAAGGGCACACCACACGAAAAAGUCUUUUACAUCGAGUCGCUGAUGCGGACACGCCUCACACCCGACUGCACCAAGCUGGUCAUGUCGACAGCUGGGGGGUUCUACAUCCUCAUCCACGAUCUCGACCUCUCCACCCUGAACUCCGACCUGGCUGGCAUUAACUUCACCCGCCACAUCCAGCUGGACAGUCUGGGGGAGGAGGUGGAGGGAACGCCCGCCUGGGUGUGCCGCCGGGCUGGCCAGAGUCCAACGAGGCGGGGCCGGAAUCGGAUGGAGCUGGUGGCCGACUUCCCAGAGGGCAGCAAGGCAUCGUGCAUCUCGUCCCUCGUGGUGCAUCCUCAGGGGUGGGCCAUGAUAUCCAGAUAUACCACUAGAGAUGACGACGCUGAGUGGACGUGCGUUCAUGAUCUUCAAGACCCUGUGGACAUACAAUCUGAGGGUGAGACAACGGGGUCCUCCACCCAGCCAGCCAAGCGGCUCAUGUACUACACCAGGGAGCCCACGGAUGGCCGGGGCUAUAUCAAGGAGCUGAGCGUCAGCCCCGACGGCCGCCUCAUCUGCUCCAGCUACGGCUUCGGCAUCCGCCUGCUGGCCUUCGAUGACCACUCCAGCGAGCUGUGCGACAUCCAACCCCAGGCCGUGCGUGAGCUGCGGCAGGUCAAGUUCCUGGUGCGGCACAAGAGCACGGUGCUGACCUCGCGAUUUUCACCCACCCACUGCUUACUGGUGUCCGGGAGCAUGUGCGGGAGGGUGGCAUUCUAUCAGCCCAAACUGUGAACCUCUUCAGUGCCUGUGAUGACCAUCGAUAAAAAAACUCAAACUGUGUACAUUUUAUAGAGGUAUUUAUAAAUGUUUUCUAUCCGCCAGGCUAAAACUGUCUCCACACUACCUGUAGCUGUUUUGUUCCAUUUGGAACAUCCCUUUGGAAUUUUGAGAAUGUAGCUUGUCUCCAACAGGAAGGCGGUCUCCUUCAAUCAUUAUUGGAGAGUGGAAUAGACUAUAUAGUCAAUAAGGGCAGGCUUUUGCAGACUUUACACAUUGGCAUAAAUUAACAUAUCCAACAUUUUUAUUGAGUAAGUUCUGCCAGCAAGUUCAUAAAGCAUUUUACUUAUGCACACUUGGUGAAUCUUGCAACUUGUGUGACAAAAGUUUGCAAAGCUAAGCACAGUCAAUCUUGGCAGUCAUUGAUAAGUGAGCAACUUUGCUGGCUAAUACAAUCAGUGUAACAUCCAUCAUCCCACAACUUGUCCAGGUUGAUUGCCCAAAGUCAGAACUUUCCUGUCAAGGAGAAUGACCAAAUGAAAUGAUGCCAAAGUAAGAUUAUUUUGAGACUUGCCAACCGACUAAAACAAAGCUUUUUCAAAAUAGCAAGCAGAGGUACUUGUAAGUCAGUGACUGUUUGGUGCCUGGCAAGUCACAAAAGGUGUGACUGUCCCCAUCCUUAUUGUCCAAAAUAUUUCAAACAUCAGGCAGCUUUGCCAAGCUUUGUGAAGAUAUAUUGCACAGCUGUGCAAUAUAUUUGCUGCACAAAUCCAAUUUCUGAGCAUUUACUGUUUCCAAUGGGAUCAGCAAGUUUACAGAAAUUCCGGGAGGGGGACUCAACCUGCUUCCUUUGUGUAGGGACCAUCAACUGUAGAAUUGUCAGCACUUCUAGCAAAUUCAGCGCACCAUUUUUCCACCUACACCGAUUGGGUAUUCCUCUAAUAGUCAAUUAUGUAAUCCACUGGUAUGACCAAAGUACAAUAGUUCUUGCACCAAGUGCAGUGCCGUAGUUUGGUUUUCUUCAUUGUGUAGUUCUGGGCCCAAUUUUAAGGCACUAACUCAGCACAUGAUUUUACACUAACAGAGACUCUGUAUAUUUCAUGGAGACUGUAAGCAGUAAGCAUGACAGAAGGCACGCUUACCUCGGAGGAAAAAUUGACUUAAUGCAGUGACAAAACAGUGGAAAUCUCCACUUGCAACGCAACCAUAAGUACAACCACGCUGAGCGCAGUGCUCAGUGCAGUGCUCAGCGUGGUUGUGCUUAUGGAAAAUUGCUUACGGUUCGCAAAAUUUUCUGCAAUAGUAAGCAUGGCUUUUUCUGCUGACUGUUAAGCGGUGGUAUGACAUUUUGCCCUGGUCAGACCACUGUAGAUUGAGGGAUAUAUUUAUAAGUGACCUUGCAGAGAAUGCAAGGCCGAGCAGAUUUAAAAUUAUACCAGUGGAAAAGCCAGGAACUGUCAGAGACAUUAUCUGUACAGUCUAGGUAUUUUGACAGUAUAGACCUUUAUGAUAUGGAAAGUAUUGUAAAUCGAGUCCAUCAGAAGGACUUUCACAAGACCAGUCAUGAGUAACAGGUUGAACAAUGACAAAGGGAUGCUUUUGUGACAGUUCACUUGCAUUGUGACUUAGCUUCAGAGCGGAUGACAGGUGAUGGACUUCAGCCUGCGAUGGACCCGACCACAAUGUGAGCUGGCUGUCUUUAUGACCAACUGACUGGCAUCUACUCUCUGUGAUAAAAUCAACUAGGAGCUGUUGGUCAGUUAACAGCCUCUUUUCAGACCCACAGGCUUUGCUCAAUUGCGGGUGAUCACAUUUAUAGGACCUUCGCUUACGGUGCUUGGGCAAAAAAGAAAUGUGUAGACUUAGUUCCUGAAGCAGGUAUGUAUCAAGGUGUGGGGUCGGUGGCGGGGUUCAAACAGGAUUUUUUUUACCAACGUUCCCAUUUUUUCAAGCAACCCACAGAAAGGUGGUACUGGUUUCAAAAAAAAUAUUUACACAUCUUCAUGGAAGACACCCCCCCCCACUGGAUACAUACUGCCCUGGAAAGCCUAGACCUAGUUUGGUUGGCUACUGGCUGUGUUGUAUGAGUGACAGAUUGCCUCUUCUGCAAAUAGCUGAACUGAUUGAGAAAACACUGCCCUUGAUCAGAACAUUUCUAUCCUCACAAGGCUUCUGGAACUAGGAAAAUUAAAAUUUCUACUUCUUUAAAAUGAUAUAAAAGAUAAGAUAUAAUGACUUUUUGAGGGAUGCCACACAAGAAUUUGGUAUUUGAUACACUUUGAAAACUUCUCUAGAGGAACACCGUCAAAUUAUUGACCUCACUAAGUGCAGAUGUAUGUGUAGCCAUUUUGCCCAUCUGCAUGUAUUUUAUUGUCCAAAUUAUGUAGCCUUAUUUUAUAUUCCUUACAUGCACCACUUUUAUCGUGGCCAUCCAUUUCUACAUGUUUUUAACCGAUUUCUCACCAGUUGAAUUGGACCUUUGGCUGGGGUGAAUUUUGCAGCCAUAAACCUUUCACUUGGUCGCCGUUGGAACGUUCAGCAACUUGUGCUUUUUUAACAGGUGUGGUGUUUGGUUCUGUUCUCAAGUUUGAAGUCAGAAACAUUUUUGUUUUGUAAGUGUCUUAACACACCCCUCAUUUUUCAGACAACCAUUGUAUAUUUCUUGGUUACUGCUUAUGUAGAGCGUAAGAGAGGACUUGGCACAUCAAUGCUAGCAGAAUCAUUUUUUUAAGGGCAAAGUCUGUUCCAGAUACAUACGCAGCCAGGUGACAUGCAUAAGUUCAUCGCUUCACCUGGAAACACUGGUAUAAAAAUGACAAUAGCAUACCAUUUCAAACUUUGUCUAAGAAGUUACAAUAUUCACUUUAUAUUAUGAGUUCUUCUCACAUUGUAUCACUAGGAAAACUGCAGUAUUUGUUGCUUCACCCUGUGAAGUUAGUCUUGUCUGGCACAGUUUGUUGUCACCCUUUUCCCAGAGCUGGAAUUUUUUGUCAGAGUCACUUGGCUGCACCUGCAGAUAAUACAUACAUGUAGAGAAGCUAGUGACUGUUGAAUGCAGCCAUGUUCCGUAGACAUGCGUACUGUGCUUGCCGUAGCCAGUUCAUAGCCAAUUUUUAGACAGCUAUAAAGUCAAUCUUGUGUCAUCAGUGACAGGCCAACAGUCUGGUCACAAGUAACAAGUGAUGAACUUUGGCAAAGGAAAGCUUUUGUCAAUCUCCCGUUUGACCUGUGUGACUCAAGCCUGGAUGAUUUGCAGCGGCAAGUUACUGAAUUAGUGUGACUGACUUGAAUUGACCUGAUUUCAACUCUGUUGUUUUCUUAACAAUGGGAAUGUGCAACCAUACACAUACAUGUACAAUGCAAAGCCAUCAUGUGCUUAGUUGAUGGAAUAUUCAAGUGUUUGAUUUGAUGAUGAAGAGUAACAUGCGGUUUAUCAGUUAACAAUUGUCGAAACUGCUUUCAUGUGAGACAUGCUUUUGUUCAUAACCCAAGGGAUACUAAUUAGAUGCUGAGAUUGGAAAAUUUCAUCAGGUUGUGCAAGUGUUGACAAACUUUCUUCAAAUCCUCAGUGGAUGGAACAAUAAUGUGGCUCAACACUUCUGCGUGCGACAUUGCAUGUGCAUUUUGUAGGUGUACAUGUACAUUGUCUAAGGUACAAGUUCAGGUGCAGUACGCACAGUGCCUAGGGCCUAUGCAACAUUGAGGGGUCUACAAACAGUUUGAGGGCUUUCAGCAUACCACAGUGCGCCACAAAGACCCUAUUCCUUCACUUACAACCAUGCACUAGUGCCUUAGGCGAAGUAGGGUCUAUGUGAUACAUGGCAUUCAAAGUAAAGCCAAGUGUGGCAUUAGCCCAGGUUGUACGCCAGUCUUUAUUACGUCACGAUUGACGUAAUGUAGUACGGUCAAGGAGUCCACCUGUGUUACGGUGCCACUCCCCCCCCUCACCAGGCUCUAGGGAUUAAAAAGCGCAUGUUGCACAUCAGAGCAGUAUACAAUUUUCACUCGUUGAAGUCCAAUAGGCAAAGGUUGCGACUUCCUCUGAAUUUAAUUCAUCUCUCCAACCUUUGAUAACUGUGACCUGUUCUUCCAGACAUGAGGUUGAGAGGUUGCAGGACUGUGUUGUCAAAAAUAUGUCCCCUUCACAUGAGCCCUGCUGAUGCAUACAAUGAAUUGCACAAUCUCCAUGGUAAUCUGUGACAUGGUUUGUCAAAGUCGGUACUGUUUGGCCAGGAAGUCAUUUUUUGCUAUCUGCAAUAUUAGUAAAAUGUACAAAUGUAUGUUAUGUUUGUGCUAUUUCAAUCACUUCUUCUUUUUUCUUUCUCUUUUUAAGUUGAGUAUCCCAAAUUUAAGCUAUUAAAAUCUUGAUUUUAUUGAAUCGGGAAUCUCGACUGUACAAAUGAGAGAUAGGCCUUUAAAGUUUGACUUUAGUGGAAAAAUAAUACUUCAUCAAUGAAAUAUCAGUUUGACAAAGUCGUCACAAAUUGCCCAGAAUCUAUUAAUGAAAAUCCCCCCCCUCAUCAUUUUUCAGCUGUUUCUCCAUUCGUAGCGGUCCCCAAUGACACCUGACAUUUGACAUACAUGUAUCUCGUCUCACUAGAUACACAGGCAGAGUGACUGAGGUCAUGUUAUGUAUGCUGGUUAUUUUAUAAAAUGGAAAUGUCACGGUGACAGUCCGAAAGUAGUGAAAUAUCCAAGACCUAAUGUAACAACUUGAUACUGAGGUACAUUAUAUCAGUACAGAUAGAAACACUUCAGCACUACCAGUAUACAGUAACAAGAAUUCCCCUAAUUUUUUAGAUAUUAAAGUCGCCAUUCCUUUGGGAAAAAAGGAGGUUUGGGUUGAUUUUGCUUGUCAUGUGUAGUAUUUAUUCUUUCGCAGAAUCUAUUUUUUUUGCAAAAUUGUAUGAAUUGUUGAGUGACUACAUGUACAUGGAGUUGCUGUGCACUUGGUAUUUGUUGGUAAUUGAACACUGUUGACAUAUUUUUAUUCUUAAAAGAAUCAUGUCAGAGACAUUUUCGUUGUAAACAUUCUAGCCUCUUAAAUUUUGUUUUGCGUAAAAUUAUAAUUUCUUAGACAGAUUUGUCCCACAGUGUCUCUUUUAAAAAUUUCGAAAUGUUUGUAGUUUGCUUUCACAGCAUCAGAUCUCCAGAACGAACCUUAAAAAUGGUGGUUUCUUAAGUAUCAUUUCACAAAAAGAAAGAAUAAAUUGAACUCACAACUCA